UCACUACUUGGUCACACGCACGCCUACGAAUGGGUAAAAAAUAAAAGCGGAGUUAUAAACAAAUUGCUAAGAAACCAAACAACAUCGUGUCGUCGCCGUUUCAGUUGUGUCGCGUGUGUGAGUCAUUUCAGACAAUUGAGUGGAAGACGGCAAGCAAGCAGUCGCAGCGCCAAUUAUCAGUGCAAAGAAGUGUUCUUCGCGAAGAAAGUGGAAAACCAAAAAAUACGCUUGAAUCUCCGUGUGUUUUAAAAAAAUCGCUAAAACUGCCGCUUCCAAACAUUCGCUGCGAUGGCCACCUCAUCGAUACUCGCCAAAAGCACAAUUAACAGCACCACAUCGCCCCCGGCCACGUCCCCCAGCAGCACAACCAGGAAGCGGACCUACGAGACAGCUAUUGCCAUGCCCUCGUCGUCGUCCACAGCCACAGCCACCUCGAGCUCCACCACGGCCCCAGAGCCCCAAGAACAGCGCACAAAUAGCCCCAGUCUGGCAAAGUCCAAAUCUGCACAGCUGGAGAGUGUCCUGGUCGUCGGUGACGGCGCCAGCGAGCCCACCACCGCUGCCACCACGCUGCGGGACAGCACCCGUACCAUCUCACAGAGCGAUGCUGACGAUGGCGGCGAGGCAGCUGCUGCCGAGGACUCGCUGACCACCAACAGCACAGCCCCCUCCACCUCCUUCACGGCGGACUACCUCAGCGACGUCAAGCGGAAGUACGUUCCGCAGCUGCAGCAGACGCCGCCGGCGCCAUCUCAGCAGUUCUUUAACGGCAGUGGUGCUUCGGAUUUUGCGACCAUUUGCAAGCCGGCGCCCUUCUCGCACGACGAGGAGGCCAUGCUGGAGCGCCAGCGUUGCGACUACACGCAGCGCAUCACCUACCAGAUGGCCCGCUCCGGACAGACAACGCGUAGGGUGCGCGUCUACGCCGAUGGCAUCUACGAUCUGUUCCACCAGGGCCAUGCCCGCCAGCUGAUGCAGGCAAAGAACAUCUUUCCCAACGUCUACCUCAUCGUGGGCGUGUGCAACGACGAGCUGACCCAUCGCAUGAAGGGUCGCACUGUGAUGAACGGCUUCGAGCGCUACGAGGGAGUGCGUCACUGCCGCUACGUUGACGAGAUUGUCCAAAAUGCGCCCUGGACUCUGUCGGACGAGUUCAUUGCCGACAAUAAGAUCGAUUUUGUGGCCCACGACGACAUUCCGUAUGGAACCGAUGGCAUGGACGACAUCUAUGGCCCGCUAAAGGCGCGCGGCAUGUUCGUUGCCACAGAACGCACCGAGGGUGUGUCCACUUCAGACAUUGUGGCGCGGAUUGUGAAGGACUACGAUCUGUAUGUGCGCCGGAACCUGGCCAGAGGCUACUCCGCCAAGGAGCUGAACGUCUCGUUCCUGUCCGAGAAGAAGUUCCGUCUGCAGAACAAGAUGGACGAGCUAAAGUCACGCGGCAAGCGGGAGCUGACCAAGGUCAAGGUGGACAUCAUCACCAAGUGGGAGGAGAAGUCGCGCGAGUUCAUAGACACCUUCCUGCUGUUAUUCGGGCGCGAGAACCUCAACCAUCUGUGGAACGAGUCCAAGGGCAAGCUAUUGCAGGCCCUCAGUCCGCCGGGAAGCCCGUCGGGAUCGGUGAACGGCGACGACACCGAGGGCGGCGAGGACUACAGCGACACCAUUGAUGAUUACUUGGAGCUGGCCGAGAAGAUGACCGGAGAGGGUAAUGUUAGCGCCAGCGGAAGCAGUGGCUCACUGAACGGCAAGCAGCGUCAGAAGCGUCCCUCUUUGGCGCGUAGGAGUUACCAGAGCCUCCAGAGCCGCUCGCCCGACGAUGAUGCGGACGGCGAGGAGGAGGAGGUGGAGUACGAGCGACGCAGCAAUUGAUUCUAGUGCGGGAAAGACCUACGGCCCGAUCUUCUCUCCGUCUGAGAUGCUAUUGUAAACUGAUUUGUUCGGGCCGCACGCCGCUAGAUGCCCUGCCGAGGCCCUUCUAGUUACUCUAGCUCUAGAUGAUGGUACACUGUAAUCUUUCCUAGUUUUAGUUGGCACGCGCGCUCCCCCCUCUUCUCCUCUUCUCCCGCACUCGGCACUCAACCACUUUUCCAGAUCCUGUAGCUAAUUCGGCGAUGUGUGCAACGCAGAAAAGACUCAUUUUUGUAUUAGAGCGGCGGCUGCGGUACCGAAAAUAUCUAGAAAUAUUUAUAUUAAAUUAUUUCGCAUAACAUUAGCUCUAAGUUAACACAAUCACAAACACAACAACAAGAAACAACACCAAGAAAUAUUUAAAAGAAAAAACGAUUAAACAAAGAAAACAAAAGAAACAGUUGGCAAUAGCGGAAUUAUUGCAUAAAAAUGCUUUGUUAAAUAUUUUUUGAGAAAUAAACAUUGAAUCGAAACAAGA